AUGAAAUCAUUGCCUGAUCUUGUUAUUGAUAGAACUGCAUAUACUGCAAUGGUUGACGCAUUGCUGGCUUGUGGGUUGACCAAGGUUGAUUUCCUAAAGCUUCUACAAGUUGAGGAGGAGCAAGAUGAGGCUGCUGAUUUGGUUAGCAUCCAACAGCAUGUGCUUCUGAAUGAGGGCAUAGAUAGGGUGACUUGGAUAUGGGAUCUUUCUUGUGAAAGUGGAGAAUCAAACAAAGAGGAACUGGAACUUGCCUUUGAGAUGUGUUCUGUGCUGAGCAUUAGGAAAUCGUGGGCUAUUUGUUCAUCAGUUGGAGAAUGGUGGCAUGUUCUAAGCAUUUCUGACAUUUCUAUACAUUUGCUUAAUGACAGGACAACAACUCUUAUUUCAGAGCGUGUCGGGGAGUCAUCAUCAUCCGACGCGACCAGUCAUGUCGAAGCUCAGGUGCUCGCCGAAUUAUUAGGCCCAGAGCGUUAUGGACGAGUGAGGGAUUAUGGCGUUGGAGUUACCCCCACUCAGUUGUCUGCAGUGGAAAUAUAUACAAGAAAUGCUGGAGAAGAUAGUAGCAAUGCAGAAGUUAGUAGACUUCGGGCUUCAAUUGAAGAUAUGAAGGAUCGCCAUCAGGCAGAGUUGGCGGAGCUGAAGCAGAACCAACAAACUUUGCAGUCUCAGCUUGAGCAUAUUUCAUCUAUGUUGCAGCGAUUUCUCCCUCCUCAGAUUUCUGAUACUUCAACAGCUCGUAGAGAUGAUGAUGGUGCUGAAUCCGGUCCCUGAUAUUUUUGAGACAGUUAUCUAAGAAGUUUUAUAUGUAUUUUUCUUAUAUUUUUCAAAAUACAUUGUAAUUCUAAACUUAUUAUGUAAAUUUCAUCAUAUAUGACAAUAUGUAUUUUUUGAAUGAUCUGAAUGUUUGUUUUGAUGUAAAUGUAAUGCAGGUUCAUAUUGCUAUAAUAUGUUUCUUAAUGUGUA